AUGGCUGAUGCUCAGGGUUUGGACCUAUCACUGGCUGCCUUCAUCGGAGCUGCCAAGCCAGAUUUAAAGCCCACUCAGCUGGUGGUCGUGGAAGAGAAGUUGGGGAAAGUCGGCGUUACGAAUGUCCAGGAGCUGGCGCAUGCUCUACGAGGCCGAAAUGAGAGGAGUCUGAACAAUCGCCUUCGGGCUGUGGGUGAGAAAUGCUUUACGUCAGAAACGCUCAGUGCCUUGCGGCAGCGUGUACGUGAAGAACCAUCUUUACGGCGAAGCAGGCGACAGGCCGGCGAGGUCUUGAAGGGCUUUGCCCGAGAAACUUCGCGGAGCGAAGCGAUGCCCACAUCCAAAGAAGGCAUGGUGCAAGCACUCGAAGACUUGGGCCUGGAGGUCUCCAGAUGCCAGGUGCGGGAGAUGCGUGCCCUGCUGUUGGAGGCACGGCGGCUGUCUGCACUGCAGCGGCCAGACCUUGCAGCUGAGGUGCGUGGCCGGUUGGGCCGGAAUCCGGAACGAUCGACCAGCUCGGAAGAGUUAAUCAGGCAGCUACUGGAAGCCUCAUUUCCAGAUACGCUCGAGCCGCGCAACACAGCUGACUUCGAGAGAAGCAAGAGCGACGAGGAGGAUGGUUUUACCUUCGAGAUCCUUGCGCCGACACCUGAAGCCCUCUCCUUGUCCACCCUCACUGCACACUCGGAGGAGGAGCUGCGUGCGCAGUGCAAAGCACGUGGGUUGUGGACCGACGAGCUGCAGUCCAAAAGCAAGGGGUUCCUCGCUGUUCUCCUAAAGAUGGAGAGUCGAAGAGAGUAUCUGCAAAGCUUGCCACAGGUGCAAGACUGA